GACUUGUAUGACCCUGAUCAUGGAAAAAAGGUGCUUAGCAUGACUCCUGGUCUCGAGAAGCUUAACAUUUUGCCUUUCAGGGUGGCAGCUUAUGACACUAAGGUAAACAAGAUGGCAUUUUUCGACCCUAGCCGUGCUAAAGAUUUCCUCUUUAUAUCUGGAACCAAGAUGAGGUCUUAUGCAAAAAGUGGAGAGAAUCCACCAGAUGGAUUUAUGUGCCCAAGUGGAUGGAAAGUUCUUGUCAAUUAUUAUGAAAGUUUGCAGACAGAAGAAGCAUCACAACAGCCUGUGUUAUCUUCUUAGACAUAACUACAGCUACUGCUAGAAGUUUUUGCAUUAAUUGAUUCUA